UCCAAAUUGAAAACGGUGCGUUUGAUAUGAACGCAACGCACUUUUGAAUACCGGGGCGAGUUCUAUGUGGGACUGGACUAGCUAAACCCAAAAUGGAUAAGCCCGAUUUUGACAAUGGGGUCGCGGGCCCGCCAACAAAAAGACUAAAAAUCUCAAUUGAGACUCCUUCCACCAUCACGACAACGCAACCUGUCAAACCCGCCAAAAUGGACGAUCGAAAGACCCACCUGGCUAUCGUUGACAGUGGCUUUCAGCCUGAGCGUGAAUCUGAAGUUGGAAUCCUUUGUUUCGUGAACGACGCCAACCCCGGUUUCUCUGGAACUCUGAAGCAACGAUACACUGACUUUAUGGUCAAUGAAAUCAUGCCUGAUGGCACUGUGGUUCACCUUACCAAUGACAAAGCACUCUCGUUCAAGGCUGCGGCAAAGAAUACAACUAAGGACGUUGCCCAAGAGGCUAAGGUUGCUGUCUUAUCAGCUACUAUCGAUGCUCCCUCUGGCGCUGCAUCGAUCUCAAAUAAGACAACCUCUUCCACAGUCAUCAAGCUCGAUGAGAACGUGAAACCCACAACAAAGGCUGAGGCCAAUUCCGGUUCCAUGGCACAUAACAAUAUUAAGCCAGAAGAGAGCAUCGCAGCUAUUUCCUGGCAGGUCAUCGCUGAAGCUAAAUCAGUAGCGGCAGCCACAGACAUCGAAACUACCAACAACGCUGAUACGGAGCAAGCAUUUGUUGUUUCAUCCGCGGAUCGAGAGAUCCUGACGAGCUACUUUGGCGCUGCUCUGAUGGAUGAAAUCAUCCAAUUUCAUGGAAAGGUCCUCUCGAAGCCUAACGCUAAGCCGGCAGUCUUUGGGCAUCUUCUCUCAAACCCGAUCGCUGACAAGAGUGUCCGAGGUCGAUUACACCAGGAUGUCCGCCGCAUUUUCGACUCUCAUCUUGAGACGCAAAUGAUGAAUGAGGGCGCCAUCAAGAUUACCGCUGCACCGAAAGCUGCUAAGCGUCAAGAUGGCACAAUUCAGCCACAAAACCAUCGCAAUCAGAGUUACAGUGGUCAAACAAAAGGCAAGGUUGGCUGGGAUGAGCUUGGUGGCCAGCAUCUGCACUUCUCACUCUAUAAGGAGAAUAAGGAUACUAUGGAGGUUAUAUCAUUCAUCUCAACCCGCCUUCACGUAAAGCCGAAAGACUUCGCUUUUGCUGGAACCAAGGAUCGACGAGCUGCGACAGUUCAACGCGUGAGCGUCUUCCGUCAAAACGCGAGCAAUCUUGCCAGACUUAACGGUGAUCUUCGAAAUGCCAGAAUCGGUAACUUCAAGCAUGAGAAGCAUAAGCUGGAGCUUGGUGAGCUUGCUGGCAACGAGUUCGUCAUUACUUUACGAGACUGCCACUUCGGUGACGAUUCUGACCUGGCUGAUUCGGAUAGAGUUGAGUACGCGAAUAGAGUUAUUGGUCUCGCGGUCAUGCAUUUGCAGGAGCAUGGCUUCAUCAAUUAUUAUGGCCUCCAACGAUUUGGCACCUACAGCAUUGGCACUGACGACAUCGGUAAGAAGAUCCUCCAAGGAGACUUCAAAGGCGCAGUGGACGGGAUCCUUGCAUUCAGCGGGGAGGCGUUGGAAUGCGCUCUGAACCCUUUCCUUGAUCCCUUGGAGUUCCCGUGCAGCAGAGAUGAUGUUGCUCGCGCCCAUGCGAUCCAUCUCUUCAAGACGACCGGCAAAUCGAGUCAGGCGUUGGAAAAGCUUCCCCGGAAGUUCUCCGCUGAAUCUGCUAUCAUUCGACACUUGGGCAACUCAAGAACUUCUAACGACAAUCUCGGGGCUCUUAUGGCGAUCAGCCGGAAUUUGAGGACUAUGUACGUCCAUGCCUACCAAUCUUUGGUGUGGAACCAUGUCGCAAGCGAGCGCUGGACCCGCUACGGUAGCAAGGUUAUCGAGGGCGAUCUUGUCAUUGUUGAUACCCAAGGUGUCAAGGAGGCUUUAAAGGAUGAGGUCGACGAGAACGGUGAGAUUGUUAUCCAUGCGGCUGGUGAUGAUAUUGCCGUUACUCACGAUGACCUCUACGAGCGCGCUCGAGCCCUGACUGCAGAGGAGACCCGGAGUGGCAAAUACACAAUCUUCGACAUCGUCCUGCCAACCCCUGGUUACGACAUGGAUUAUCCUCUUAACGACAUCGGUGAUUACUACAAGACAUUUAUGGCUAGCGAACAGGGUGGCGGGCUCGAUCCUGCGGACAUGCGCCGAAGCCAGAAGGAUUUCAGCCUCAGCGGCAACUACAGAAAGCUGAUGGCUAAGGUCAACAACUUGAGCUUCGAGGUGAAGUCGUAUCAGGAGGAGCUCGAGCAGCUUGUCGAGACUGAUCUGGAGAAGCUCGAUAAGUCCAAGCCAAAGAGCCAACAGAAGCCCACCCAAAAUGACCGCAAUCAAAAUGGACACAACACUGGUGCUCAAAACAAUCACGGCGGGCGAGGCGGCAACCGUGGAGGAUCUCGCGGUAAUUGGGGCAGUCAGAUUCAGUAUCGAGGCAGUGCGCGUCAAGAAGCCGAACGCAACAAGGCCAUCUAUGCCGGCUCAGCUCAGCUCAAUGCUUGGCAGAAACUUCCGGGAAAGUUAGCUGCUGAGGAUAAAGCCGCGGCGGCCAUUGCAGAGGUUCAAAGGGAGGCUCAGAUGCACAUCGAUCCCGCUACCAUCAAGCAACCUGUCAUCAAGGAUACCUGGAUUCAAACCUCUGCGGAGAAUGAAGGUCGUCGAACUGGUUUCAGAUCAACUGUGAUCAUUCCAGGAGUUGAUGGCGCAGCUGACAAGGAGGAUUCCGAUGGCGAUGUCGCAGCCAAGAAGGAUGCCAUCGUCAAAACUGCCAUGGGCGUCGAUAACACACAGAGUGCCUCCACCGAGCCUGCCAAAAUUAUUGAGUCAACCUCCGUUAAGACAGGCCACAAGAAAAUCGCCAGCGAUUCGACCACGUUCUCGGACUCCGAUGGUGGUGUCAAGCUAUCUCCGCAAAAGCCAGCUCCGAAGCGUUCCGCGGAGGACAUGUCCAACACAAUGGAGACGGUUCCAGAAGCCCAUUCCACCGAUGAGCUUGUAGUUGACCCUCAUGAUCUCGUCGAAUCUAGACUCGCGGUCGUUGUCAAGUUCCGUCUCGGUUCCAGCCAAUACGCGACUAUGGCGUUGCGUGAGCUGAUGAAGGCUGGGGGAGUCAAGACCUACAAGCCAGACUUCAGCGGUCGUAGAUAAGUGGUCUACAUAGAGUCCUUGUUCAUAUCAUGAAGAUGAUUACGAACGACGAGUUAUGACAGCAUUGGGUGGCGUUCAGAUGGAGUUAUGAGAAAUGCAUGCAUAAGGACACGAUAAGUAGUUUGCCCGUGUUUGUCUCUCGAAGCUUUUGAGGAGAUGGUCCUAGCGAGCGAAAUAUAGUAUUCGCAAUACUCCUCUUUCAACAAACAUGUGUACCUGGUAACCCCCCAAAACAAGAAGGUAAAUAAAUACAAACCUGACAUAUCUUCUAACCG